ACUUCUUCACAUGGAGCUUGAAUAUCAGGCUGUUGGCAGACUUUAAGGACUUUUUUUAAGGGCUCUACGUGUAAAAUUAAUACAUGAUGAUGGCUACAAACGGAAACAACGCACGUGGAUUAAACGGUGACGAGUCAUCAGUGUCUUUAAACGGCAGCAAAUCACUCUCCGCUGCGGUAAACGGAGCAGCCAAGGCGGCUUCGUCCAAGCUGCAGAACGGAGGAACCGGGGCGGAGAGGUUCACCUUCAGCCCGGAGCCCACCUUAGAGGACAUCAGGCGGAUGCAGGCCGAGUUCACGGACGAGCGGGACUGGAAUCAGUUCCACCAGCCCCGCAACCUGCUCCUGGCGAUGGUCGGGGAGGUGGGCGAGGUGUCGGAGCUCUUCCAGUGGCGGGGGGAGGUGGCGGAGGGCCUGCCGGACUGGACCGAGUCGGAGCGGGAGCAGCUGGCGCACGAGCUCAGCGACGUGAUGAUCUACCUGGUGGAGCUCGCCGAGAAGUGUCAUGUAGACCUUCCCCAAGCGGUGCUGCGAAAAAUGGCUCUAAAUCGACUGAAAUACCCCGCCAGCAAGGUGCACGGGUCGGCCAAAAAGUACACCGAGUACCAGGACUGAGUUUGGGGGUUGAGCUGUCAGUCAGGGGCCGCUGGUUGCGGUGCCUGCUGGAGCUGGUGACAACAUGCUGGAGUUUACUGAUGGCCUACUGCUGAACAUUUUGUUGACUGGCGCUUUCUCUGGGUUGACUUGUUACAUGACUGUGUGAAUGCUCUUAACUGAUGUGUGUUUUCUGUGAUACACAUUUAUGAGCCUGACUGCCUACGUAUGCAAAGUCACCGUUUGUAGGCAAGGCACUUUGGCAAUGCUGCAUAUUUAGUGAGGGUUUUUUUAAAUUCUGUUUUUACUCUUUUCAUCAUCCAUGUGCCUGGGUGAAUUUUGGGGGAAAAACUGUUCUGCAGUGGCUCUUAGGGAGGAGAAUGGCUUUUUUUGUCUUUUUCUUGAACCUCCCUGAGUAACUUGGAAAAAUGCAUGACCCUCCCUCCACCAUUAAUUAGCUCUUAGAUUUCAAAACUCUAACCUUGAAUGAUUAAAAGUGACAAGUUGAAGACAAAAAAGUUGAAAAUGUUUUUGUGCAUGGUGGUUGGGUAAUGCAAAUGGUUUAUUUUUAGGCAAAAUUUCAAAUGCUACAUGUAGAAUUGAGUGAUUUUGAUUGCAUUCUACUGUUUUUUAGCUCAAAUUUUGGGGGUUUUUUUCUGUCAGAAGCAAAUAAUGUGUUCAGGGACUAUAGAAAAAUGUGAAAAUUCAACAAUAAUUUUUGUUUGGAACAGUUUGUGUCUAUGAUAAAUGGUGUAAUUUUGCUAAAAAAAAAAAAAAAGAAAAGAAAUAUCCCUUCCAAACCCAGUGGUAGGAUGGGAAGGUUCAUCUAAAAAUGUGUGGUGAAAUAAAUACAAAAUACAACCAUUUAAAGUUAGAUGCCCUUCCCUUAAGCCAAAAAUAAUAAACAUACUUCCUCUGUGUUUAAAACCUUUACCUUUUGCAUCACAUCCCCUCCCUCCCACAAAUAAUGAACAGUCCCUUGUAAGAAUGUAUUUCUCAGUGCACGUUUUACAGCUUGGCUUCAGUUUAGGAGUGUGACAGAGUGGAUUGUAAAAUUGGUGGAGAGUUGAAGUGGGUGAUAAUUGUCCUGACUGUCCCUGACAACAGGGUAAUUGUGAACAGUUUUUCUGUUAUUAGCUUUUUUGUAUUUAUUCUCAUUUCUCAUCAGCGUUGAGUGAACUACUCUUCUGUUUUGUUCACAUCACAACUGUCACAUUUUUCCUGAAGUAAAAAUUGCUUUAAUUCUG